UGUGACCACAAACACAAACCACACUCUGUAAAUAGCGUGUGCGAGGCUCCUAUUUCCAUUUAUGGCGAGGUUUGUUGUGAGGGAAUCAAUCUCCUUGUAAUCUCCUCCUGUUCAUGGCCCUCCUCGCAAUAUAAUUGAACCAUUUUCCUCUUCAAAAGUCAAUGAAACCAAACCCAAUACCCAUCCUUGUCAUCAUAUACACACACUCUGUUUCUUGCCUAGGAAACUUGGGAGACUUGUCUAUUCUUUUCUUUCCAUUGAUUUUCCUUCAUUUUCUUGGCCGAGAAAAGAAAUGGAGAAACAUCCCAAGUUGUUUUAUCAGCUGAAAUCAGAGGACAAAAAGCUUGAGCUCAGGCUUGGUCCUCCUGGAGAUCACAACACCAUCAAAACAACAACGAAUGGAGCCAAAGCUGUGGUACUUGGGGAGAAAACAGAGAGAAACAGUGCUGCUUAUAUUCAGUAUCCAUUGAUGACCCAGAUGGGGUCUUUUAUUGGACUGGAUUCUGCAAAAUUAUGUGACUCUGCAGUGGUGGAGUUGCAGUGCUCAGAUAACAAGGCAGUUGCAGUGUCUGCUACUCCUACUACUGCUUCUUCACUCCCUGCAAAUGGAGAGACUGUGGCUAGUGGUUCUCAUAAAAGCAGAACUGCAGCUGUUCCUAUUGUGGGUUGGCCGCCGGUUCGCUCAUUCAGGAAGAAACUCACAGACAACUACGCGUCGAAACUGGAGUCCGAAUCACCAAAGAAAAUUGCGGAGAAUAUAAAUGGGAAAGACGGUGGAACUGAGAAACAACACUUGUUUGUGAAGAUCAAUAUGGAAGGUGUUCCAAUUGGAAGAAAAGUGGAUCUGAAAGCCUACGAUAGCUAUGAGAAGCUCUCAGUUGCCAUUGAUAAACUCUUCAGAGGUCUCCUUGCAGCUCAAGGAGAUUUAUCUGCUGCUGGAAAUGAAAUCGAUGCGGAUGAAUCGAAAGGAAUUGCAGGUUCAGGGAGUGGAAGAAAUGGAGAGUACACUUUAGUUUAUGAAGAUUAUGAAGGUGACAGGAUACUUGUUGGGGAUGUACCAUGGCAAAUGUUUGUGUCAACAGCGAAGAGACUUCGUGUGUUGAAGAGUUCAGAACUUUCCACUCUUCGAAAUAACAAGGGAGAGCAAGAAAAGACAUCACUUUGAUUAUGCAGUGGAGAAUGUAAGAUCAAUCAACUAUGUAAGAAAUUGUGACCUGUGAUUGUACUAGUGCUUGUUUUGCUGGAGGGGAAUUUGUUGGUUUGUCAGCCUUGCCAUUUGAAGUAACUUUUUUUUUUUUGAUGGAUACAUUUGAAGUAACUGAUAUACAAGUACCAUGUUAUGUAUAUAUUUCAAAUUAGUUGACUUUUAUCAGUGUCUUGUCA